UAAAAGAAUGUAAUAUAUCUAAUGUAGUAUACUCUUAAAAACACAUCCAUAUAAAACUGAUAGAUGCUCUGAUGUUCUGUUCCCCGUAUUUUUUGUUCAUAUCUUAUAAGCUUGGUACAAUCAAGAUGGAAGACUACGAAAAUGAUCUACUUCGACAAAUGCAGAACGAAAUUUUCACGAGAUUGUUUCCUGUAAUUGUCUAUAUAGCGGUUUUAGCCUUUGUGGGUCUCAUCGGCAACGUUUUGGCAAUGGUCUUUUACACGCUAGAGUCGAAACGAACCACGACUGUCAACUUGAUUAUAGUUCUUUCAAUAGUUGACUUUAAUGUAUGUGUGUUUUUAAUUCCGAAACUUGUUGAGAUGAUCGUAAAUAUUGGACAUAGCCAAAAGUUUCUUUGCAAGGUAACACAGUUUGUCAGUUUGUGGACAAUUGCAACAUCUUGUUUCUUAUUAUGGAUAAUUGCGAUAGAAAGACACAGAAAAAUCUGUAAACCUUUUGCUAAACAGAUUACAAUUCCUGCUGUAAAAUAUAUAGUAGGUGGUAUUGUCAUCUUUUCCCUAGUUCUGGCAGUUAGAACUUUGAUAAUUUAUGACAUUGUCGUCUUGGAAAUUCCUGUUUCACAGAUCAACAGGACAAUAAUUGGAUAUUUCUGUACAGUCACGGAUGAUCCAAAUUUAAAGUUCAUUGCUUCUAUUUUCUAUGCAUUGGAUUUUCUCCUGAUCUUGAUGAUUUGGAUUACUAUCAUUGUGACCUAUUCGAAUGCAGUCUUUACCAUACUAAAGCGCAGAAUCAAAAGGAAACGGGUAUCACAAAAGAUCCAACAGAACAUUAAAUGUGAGGACACCACAAUUAAGAAUGGAAAUAGUUUCUGGCAUAUCCCACAUAACAAGAAUAUAUCUGGAGAAGAGUAUACGGAAACUUCAUAUGGAAAUGAUGACGCUUUAACAAAUUCUUCUCUAGACGGAACACACCAGCCACCUCUAGACGGAACACACCAGUCACCUUUAGACGGAACACACCAGCCACCUCUAGACGGAACACACCAGCCACCGAGUGUACCCGCAGUUAAUGAACGAGAAGUUUCUUUUGCUACACCAUCCAGACGAAAUGGAAAAUACAUAAGAAAGGCUAGUUUAAAAAAUGUGGCGGUCAAAUGUGUCACAGAACGGAACCUUACCAUAAUGAUGUUUGUGGCUUCAAUGGUUUUUAUUCUGAGUUUCGCACCCUUCUUUGUGGUUAGAGUAAUCAUGAGAAACUAUGUUGGUAGUGGAAUAGAUUACGAGCUGAAAGCAGGUGUCCAGUUUGCGUUAAAACUACCAUUUUUGAACAGUGUUUUCAAUCCAGUCAUUUACUGUAUUUUCAACCCGAAAUUUAGAAAGUUCUUGAAACGUGUAUUCUGCUGGAGUUGGCAAUGAAACACUGGAUUCGUCUUUGUAAAAGUGUACGAAAAAUAUAGCCAGUUUGAUUCCAAAUUAAGUACCUGGUUAAUUUGGUCAAUGUAUGUGCUGGAUAAUUAUGCUGAAGAGAAAGAAGUUCUGCUAACACAUAUAGAAAUACUUAAAAUUUUAGGAUAAAUUUCAACCCUCACAACAAUAAAAACCUGAACAAUAGUUGAAAUUUUCAAUCUCUCAGAUGAUUUUUAAAGUGAUGAUGGCGAUUAAGUCUUGAAAACGUUUCCACUCGUAAACAACAGUAACACAUUUUUUACGGUAUGUAAUGAUAAACAUAAAGGAAAAUAUACAACGUUAUUUCCGCACCAGCUAAUGAAAUCUACACACCGUGCAAUAAAUUAAACUUACCGUGUUCAGUUUUUAAAGUGAUUUGAUAUUAUUUGUUUGGUUAUAUCUUUGUUGUGUGUGUAGUUUGCAUAGUCUCAGAUCACUUUACUAUUGCGAGAAAUAUGAUUUAGAACACACAUACUGUUUUGUAUAUACACCUGAAUAUUUUUGUAGCUAAAAUUGAGUUUGUUUUUUCUGCAUUGGUAUUAGUCAGUUAAGCAAUACUAGACACAAUAUAAGAAAAAACUGUGCAUAUAAUAUGAAACAGAUUGAGCCAAUGCUAAAAUAAACAAGGAAAAAUACCCAACAGGGAAUGUCACGUUUGAAAUCACUAUCCACAGCACACGUACAUGCACACGACCAACACGUAUCACACACACGCACAUAAAAAGCACACAUGCGAGGACAAAACGAACAAAUAAGGGAGAACAUUUGGGGUACCGCCUUUGAAUGGUCAGUGGCAAAAACGCCACUGGUUUCAGUUUAACCACUUUGACAUAAGCCACAGUAAGAGGGAUUAUGAAAAUUUCAUUUAUAAGACGAGAAAACAGCCAAUACGGACUUCGAUGAUUUUGACCUGUUAUAUUGCGUGUGGUGUAGGGGAGUGAGGCAUAGGGGAAAUAUGGAGUUGCAAGUUUAAGGUAUCAUUAAAUCAUAUAACAAAAUCAUGCAACUACGAAAAAGAUAUUAUCUGUUAGUAUAUCUAGGCAUGUAUACUCACACACACAGACUUACAAAACUUUAGAUUUGCCAAAUGAAACUGGAAAAUAUGCUUUGCAGAUUUUAUUUCUUUAUUUCACUGGCCCAUUACUCCAUUAGAGUUGAAAUCCAUCAAGUAAAGAUGAAGCUUUACAAAAUAAGAAGAUAUAACUUGUUUUCGAAUACAUGCUGUUAAGUAUACGUUAUAGAAACUGUCAAACUGGCAGCUGUGUUUGACUGAUUACUAAGGUCUCAUCCUACGUAAAAUAUGGUCCAAUUAAGCACACGCACUAGAUUUGUUCUUGCCGUUUGAACAGUUUAUUCACAACUUGUGAAAAUAAGAAAGGUUGUGAUAAUUAUGUAUUGUACCUGAGAUUUAAGUUAUGUCGAUAUCAUUUUGUUUUAAGUAUUUAAUGCUAAAGACCCACAAGUGAAAAUAAUGAAAACCAUAAUAUUUAAAGUCAUGUUAUAAAUACCUAUACAUGUUUCAAACUCAUUUUUUAAUAUGAAGGAUACCAUUCUACCAACAAAUGUAAUAAUGUAUGAUGUUUUUUACCCAUCGUCUGGUAAUUCUGUUUCAUACGACAAAUAAGAUGAUAAGAUUCAAACCCUAUAUAGGUAUAUUUGUUUAUUCUCAGUUAACUUUGAAAUUAAGCAAAUGUUACUCAAAAUAACGUUUUGCCCUGCUAAUCUUAAAUAUGCUGUAUGAAUUCUUUUUGUUAUUCACACAAAAAAAAAAGAAAUAAAAAAAGUUACUAACA